AUGCGCGUAAGAAACUCGUUGGCGCUCCUUGCCGCUGCCACGGCGAUCAUGCCCGCCGCGUUCGCGCAAAAGACUCGGGUCCCCGAUAGGUACAUCGUCGUGUACUCCGAAUCAUAUAAAGAAGGCAAGGUACGCAUAGCUCUCACUUAGCGCCUUCUCCAAGAAUGUGCUUUGCUCCAUGAGCGAUCUGCGCAAAACUGGCCUCCUAUCUUGCUUGGACCGACGCUUAUUCCGGUUUCUCUCCUAUCUCGCCUAGGCUUUACACGCUCGGGACCACCUUAGCAACCUCAGAGCGAGAUCGGGUUUGGAGUCACUUGAGGUCGUUCACGAAUACCACACGCCGGGAGUCUUGGUCGGCCACAGUGUCAAUGCCCCCGGUGUCACCAAGGAGCAGCUCGAGAAGAUGCCUGGAGUCGAGGUGAGACCUCCGUUCUUUAUCUGAUCGGUCGCCUGUUAGGUGAGGUGGGGUCUGACACAGAUUGGGGGGAAAAUGUUCACACAGGCCGUAUACCCAGUCUUUGACUACACUUUUGCGGCUGUCCAGCAACAAAAAGGCGAACCUCCUUCCCAGUCGUCCCAGCAGCACCACAAUCAUCGCGAAGUCAAGGCGAGAGGCACGGCGCCGCCACACCUCGAACUGCGCGACCAGCAGUUCUUGGGCCAGAAGAACAUGCCCAACACGACCGGCGGCUUCUCUCCCCAUCGUAUGACGAGCAUCGACAUUCUACACAAACGUGGGUUCUUUGGUCAAGGUGUCAAGUCGUGCUUCGUCGAAGGUCAUACCCAAUAUACUCACCCUUUACUCGGCAAGCGCGGCUGCUUUGGAUCCAAGAACUGCGCAAUUCAGUUUGGCGCCGAUCUCGUCGGCACGAACCCCGAUCACCCUCAACCAGGCCCCGACCCACAUGCAGACUGCGAUGUGAGAUCGACGCACAUCCUUGGUCAGAUGGUCGCACCAGAUAAUCGAUUCGACUUCGUCGGCGCCAUCCCUCAGGCCGAGAUUGGGUGGUACUCGAUCUUCCCCUGCGGCGGAGGAGGCGCGACGGGCGACAUCAUCAUCGGGGCUUUCCUCAAAGCUGCCCAUGAUGGAUGCAAGGUCAUCUCAAACUCGCUCAUCUCUAGCGUCGGGUGGAACGAUAACGAUCUGGGCCCCAUCACGCUCAACAAGUUGGCCGAGGAGAAAGGUGUAUUUGCCGUCAGCGCCUGGGGUGUGUCUCGCGACCAAGGCUUGUUCUACCCCGCUGGUCCGGCCACGGGUACGGAAGGAGUCGGUGCAGCCUACGUCGAUCUUAAUCAAUACCCUUUCGCCUACGCUUUGACGUUUGAAAGUGGCGAGGUAACCCUGCCAUACAUUUCCGUUUAUCCGAUCCCCUACGACGACACCUUCGAAGUCUACUUCCUAUCCACCUCAUCCACCGAUAGCGCCGCCACGGGAUGCGAUGAUCUACCCCACGACACGCCGGACUUGUCGAACCGUGCUGUGGUGGUCCAACGAGCGGGUUGUGGCUUUGAAACUCAGAUGGCGAAUGUGAGGAAGUUUGGCGCGCGUGUCCUGCUCGUCGUUAAUUACCCGGCUUCCGUUGGUUGGCCGGCACCGUACUUUGAUGGUAUCGCUCCUUCCGUACCUUUCCCCGUGGGCAUGAUUCAGAGUGAUGGAGCAAAGGUGAGUCUUGCUUCGCUUAAGACCGGUGCCAAUUUUUCUCCCAAGCACUUGUGUAACAACUGAGCUUUCUCAUCAACGCAGUUGCUCGAGUACUACCACAAGAACCCCAACGGGCUCAAACUCAACUUCAAGGACCGAACGCUCAUCCAUCCUGUGAACGCCGACACCGGAGGCAAGAUCAGUUUCUACUCUUCGUACGGGCCCGACAACUCGCUCACGAUCGGACCGACGUUCGGAGUGCCCGCGAACCAAAUCGCCGGUAUCAGGCCGAAUGGUUCGGUCGGGACCAUCGAUGCGACGAGUUCGCCUAUCACCAACGCGAUUGCUACUUUGGUGCUUGGGGCGAGGAAAGAUGACAACUUGAAGCCGGAUGAACUGCGCGCUCUGUUGGCGACGACGGCCAAGCCGAUCAGUAUUCAUCCGCGCGCCGAUGGCGAACCUCUCGAGACGACGACGUUGGCUGGAAGUGGUCAGCUUGAAUUUCUCUUUACUGUUUAAGGAAACGAUUACUGAUUGUGCCCUAUAUUUUGCUGUCGUUUCAGGUCUCGUCAAUGCGCUCAGAGCUGUCGAGGCUCAGACGCUCGUGACCCCCUUCUCCUUCAAGAUCAAUGAUACCGCCCACGUCCAAAAGGAGCAGCAGCUGACGCUCAAAAACAUGGGACACGCUUCCAUCACCUACACCUUCGACUCGACGGCCGCACAGACCAAGAUGACAUAUGACCGUGUAGGCCUUCUAUGAAACUUUUACGAGCUGAGCCAGCCUUUUCAAAGGUGCUGACAAACCCCCUUUCGCUUGCGCACUGCAGGGAGCCAAAGCAGACAUUGGCCCCUCUUCGCUCCCCACCGUACUCCAGGAAGCCGAAGCCAAAGUAUCGUUCGACAAGACGUCCAUCACCGUUGAGGCCGGACAAACCGCCACGGUCAAAGUCACCAUUACGCCUCCGCAACUCACCGCUCGCGAGAAGGACUACUUCCCCGUCUAUUCCGGGUUCAUCAACAUCCACGCUAGCAACAAGCAAGAGUUCCACGUCUCUUACUUUGGUCUUGCGGCUGACAUCAUCGACAUGCCGAUCAUUGAUGUUUCGACCUCGUUCGCUUCGGCGUUCAGGGGUGGAUUGCCCCAGGGACUCACGUACCCCUAUUUGCUUGAUAAUUCGCCCAACAGCGUCAAGGUGCCGACCCAACUUACGACCUUUGAUCGAUCGGUCGGGGUGGGGGUGUUCGUCAGGUUCGCGCAAGCGACUCGUCAUGUUACCGUUGAUGUCAUUGCGGGUAACUCGACUUUCCAAGGAAACCUUCCAAGCCACGGGGGGAGAAACCACCGUCGAGGCCUCUAUGCCGCAGAUGAAAACCACCUUGUCGCUCGUCGACUCGCUCGUCACGUCGGACCGCGAGCAGAUCCUAAUCAAAUGUACACCGAUGUUCAAGUACUCGGUAGGAUCUACGAGAAGAAGAACCAGGCUCGUGAUGGCAAGGGAUCGCCCGAUGCGUUGGUCGUGUUCCAAGGUUCGGUGCAUAAGGAUUUGUCGAUGGAUGGUCAGGCGUCCGAUUUGCCGGAUGGGGUGCCUUAUCGCGUACUUGUUCGGUGAGGCAUAGCCUUGUUGUUCGUUUCAAAUGGCUUGAGUGCUGACGCGGAUGGUGCAAUGGCUUCGCUUCGACCCACAGCGCGCUGAAGACGACGGCCGAUCGUUCGCUUGAGGCGAGUUGGGAAUCGUGGGUCAGCCCUCUGGUUCAAUUCAAGUCAUGA